GCUCGACCUUAGCUCAGUUGCUUGUUGACCGUCGAGAUGCCGAGAUUGUCGAGCAAGUGCAGUGUCGCACCUGCAGUGCUCCUGAUUAUCGUGGCAGCGAGUCUCCGUGGCCUGGAGGCGGCCACAGCCCCAGCUGGAGGAUACUGUGCGCCCACACUUUGCCAGCUGUACAAUGGCAGUCAUGUGGUGCAAGUGCCGCAUACGGCGUGUGGCAACAAUGGCAGCUUUGGUGCCAGUUGCGGUGCCGAGCCCAAAAUGCUGGCCAUGAAUGACCGGAGACGUCAGCUGCUGUUGGACAUGCACAAUUUGGCCCGCUCGAAGAUAGCCAGCGGCGAGCUGCCCGGCUACAGCAGUGCCACACACAUGCCGCUGCUGCGCUGGGACACAGAACUGGAGCAGAUGGCCGGACUGCAUGCCAAGCGCUGUCAAUUCGCGCACGACAAAUGCCGCAAUACGCCGCGCUUCAAGUUCAGUGGCCAGAAUAUUGGUUACUUUUGGAUUGGACGCGAAUUCAAGUCGCACUCGAGGCGCAUGAAAUCGUUUGUCCUCAACUGGUUCAGGGAGUACUUGGAUGCCAAUCAGACCUACAUCGACAGCUAUCGUCCGCAUCCCCAAGGCAAGAAGAUCGGACACUUUACGCUGCUCGUCUCGGAUCGUGUGCAUCGCGUGGGCUGUGCCGCUGUGCGAUUUCUGGAGCCCCAGGCCAGCAGAUACCAGUUCAUGCUCACCUGCAACUAUGACUACAAUAACAUCUACAAUGAGCCCAUCUAUCAGUCGGGCCCGGCGGCCUCCAAGUGCGUUCAGCAUCAAGUGAGCGACAAAUUUGCGGCCCUGUGCGACUGGCGGGAUGCCGCCUACGACUAUGACAGCGACGAGAGCGCCGAGGAUGGCAACACCCUCGACAACAACAUACCCCUCUGAGCCCCAUUGAUCCAUUGAUGGAUCCAUUGAUCCGUUGGUCAACCCUCCCCACCUUUUUCUUUUUUUUUUUUUUGUCUAGCACCUAAGCCAAAAUCCCUCCAAGAACCCCUCUCCCCCAUCCAGUGAAAGAGAUCAACUGCGCCGAUUGGCAUUUUUAGAAUAAAUCUCCACACCAGUGGAUCGUUUAUUAAAACACA